GUGGUGGGCAAGCUGCAGCUACAGGGUGUCAGUAGGCACCCUCAGGCUGCAAAGACCCCCCAGGCCGGGGGGUGACUAGAGAGGCUGGCCGGCACCUGCCCCGCCGCUAGCCGGGCCAGGAUGAGGCGCUUUCUGAGCAGGAAGGGCCGCUUCUCUCUGCGCCAGAGCGUCAAGUCUGGCCCCCGGUGCGCCUCCAAGGACUUCUACCUGGGCCUGCCCACCAACAACCAGAACUGGCCUGAGGAGUUUGGCUUCCGGCUGGGCGGCGUGGGGCCCAGCUACAUCCUGUCGGUGCUGGAGGGAAGCAGCGCCUUCCUGGCGGGCCUCCAGCCCGGAGACCAGGUGGUGGACAUCGAAGGCCAGGACGUCACCAACCUCAGCACCCCGGCACUCAUCGCCCUGGCGCAGACGCUCAAGACCGUGCCGCCCAGCAUCGGCGUGGUGUCGCGCCUCGAGCAGAUCGACAUCGCCCCUGGUCAGGACGGGCGCUUCGGCUUCACCAUUGUGGGCGACAGCCCGCUGAUGGUGGAGGACUGCAUGGCCGCCGGGCCGGGGGGCCGCAGCGGCCUCAAGGUGGGCGAUUACGUCAUGGAGGUCAACGGCAUCCCGGUGAAGCAGCACGACACGGCGGCGGCCAUGAUCAAGGCGGCGCAGGGCCGCCCGCUGCGCCUGGGCGUGCUCAGCAUGGCGCGGCGGCCCAAGCGCCUCAGCAGCAGCAUGCGCGUCCUGUCGCAGAGCGGGGACAGCGUCCGCGACAACCGCGCGCACAAAGCCAUCGAGUUCAACAAGAAGGUGGAGGAUGUGCUUGGGGAGGAGCCUGAUGUGAAGGAGCAGCUGUUUGAGGUGCUGAAGCAGUACGCCACGGAGAGAGACGUGGACAGCCUGGCUGAGGCCCUGCCAGACAUCCUGAUCACGGACAAUCACCAGCAGCUAAUAGACAGCGUCAGGAUCUUCAUUCCCAAGAAGCACCGGGAGCGCUUCGACGACGUGGUGUCCCAGAGUCUGAUGAGCCGCAUCAAGGGGCGGAGCUUCAGCGACCCCAGCCGCAACCGCCUUCGCCGCAGCCGCAGCGAAGACCACCCGGAGCGCCUGCUGGUGUCCACGCGUGCCAGCUCUGUGCCGCGCACACACGCCGAGGAAGGAGUCAUGCCCACCCGCGGCAUGCGGAAGACCACCUCGCUCAUCGCUGGGCAUUCCGCCGGGGGCCCAAUGGCAACCACCAGCUGCAGGACAGUGAGGGUGUGCAAGGGCAACUUGAGCUUUGGCUUUACACUCCGAGGCCAUGCUCCUGUCUGGAUUGACUCAGUCAUCCCCGGCAGCCCAGCUGACAAGGCUGGUCUCAAACCGGGGGACCGCAUUCUGUUUCUGAACGGACUGGACAUGAGGACGUGUUCCCACGAGAAGGUGGUGUCCAUGCUGCAGGGCAGUGGGGCCAUGCCUUCGCUGGUAGUGGAGGACGGCCCGGCCUCCUUCUCCCUGGUAGAGCAGCAGGAGCUGGUGGGAGGAGGAGGAGGAAUCAGCGGAGGGGGUCCACCCAUGGAGGGCUCCCGCUCCCCGGUGUUGAGCUCCCUGCAGUGGGUUGCUGACAUUCUGCCUCCCAGCAUCAGGGUCCACGGCCGCACCUUUGGCCAGCAGUUGGAGCACCUGCUGACCAUCCAGGAGAGGUACACUAUCUGCAAGGCCCUGGAGAACUUCUUCCAGCACAGGAACGUUGACACUCUGAUCGUGGAUGUGUUCCCGGUGUUGGACACCCCGGCCAAACAGGUGAUCUGGCAGUUCAUCUACCAGCUGCUCACCUAUGAGGAGCAGGAGCACUGCCAGAGCAAGAUCACGCGCUUCCUCGGGUUCAAAGCCUCCGCAGUCCCCCCUCCACCGCCACCGCCCCCCCCUCCCCUAGAGCAUGAUGGGGCCCCUGAGCCCCACCGGCGGAGCAGCUCCAUGAGGGUGACCGGCACCACGUACCGUAGCAGCGUCAGGGGCCGCAGCUCUGACGACCUGGUCAUAGGCACCCAUCUGGGGAUGGGUUACCGUGGAGAGCCAGUGCUGGAGACGGGGAUGAGGCUGGCUCCGGGGGAGAGACAGUCAGGGGACGGCACCUCCCUGCCUGAGACCCCCAACAACCUCACCAAUCUGUCAGCAGUGUACGCAGAGCUGGAGAACAUGUAUUCGUCCAAGAGGUCCAAGUCCCUGAAGAACCGCCCUCCCCCAGCCCAGGACAGCCUCCUCGAGGUGGAGCCCAUCUCGCGCACCUCCUCCCCCACAAUGCUCGCCAGCACAGGCGGUCGCAAGGGACCCCCACCGCCGCCCACAUCAUGGCCAGAACCAAUGGCCAGUCCCCCGGAUGCCCCGUUCUACAGCUCCGGGAUGCCCACCCAGAUCAGUGCUGAGUCGAACCCUUACGUAAGCCUGGACAGCCCCCCGCCCUCGCCGCCCAACCCCCCAGACUACCCCCCAAGCCCUGUGGGGCAUCGCAGCAGCAAGCGGCGCUACACCUUCUCCAAGCCGCCCCGGUCAGAAGACACCGAUCGCUUCCUGGACGCCCUCAGUGAGCAGCUGGGACAGAGGGUGGCCAUCGUCGACGAUUUCCUGAGUCCUGAGAAUGACUACGAAGAGGAUGUUGUCCAGAUGAGCUUUCCAGACGAAGAGGACGAAGAGGACGAUGAAGAUGACCUGGGAGAGGACGACGAGGAGAACGGGGGCUUCGUGGCCCCGGAGCUCAGCAGCCCGAGUGACGUGCAGAGCAGCAGUGCAGAGGAGGAAAACGCCUCCUCCCUCACCUAUUCAUCCUCCUCCGACCACAUCCCGCCUCCGCCCAUGACUCCUCCCCCCCCGCCGCCCAUCCAGUUCAAUGACACACCACCUCCGGCGCCUCCCUCUGCCCCGACCGCAGCCCAGCCACCUCCUCCGCCUCCUCCUCCUCCUCCUCCUCCUCCGCAGCAGCUACUGGUCUACAGCCCCGAGCACUCCCCCAGAGCCUAUGUGCCCAUGCGCCGCAAGUCUGGACCCCCUCCUCCACCUCCCCCCAGGAGUAAUCUGCUGCCCAAGCGGCAGUCCCUUCACAAAGUCCUGCCCGCCAGAGAAGACGUACAGGUCCGUGCUACGAUACAGGAGCUCAAGGCCUUCCAGGAACAGCAGGCCUACCGGGAGAGACAGGUCUACGAGGCGCAGCAAGCGACACAGGAGCGAGAGGCCUACAAGGAACAGAAAGCCUAUGAAGAGCAACAACUGUACCAGGAACAGCAGGCCUACCAGGAGAGGCAGGCCUACCAGGAGAGACAAGCUUACAAAGAGAGACAGGCCUACGAAGAGCAAAAGGCUUACGAGGAGCAAAAGGCCUACGAAGAGCAAAAGGCUUACGAGGAGCAAAAGGCCUAUGAGGAGCAGAAGGCCUACGAAGAGCAGAAGGCCUACGAAGAGCAGAAAGUCUAUGAAGAGCAACAGGCCUAUGAGGAGCAGAAGGCCUAUGAUGAACAGAGGGCUUACGAAGAGCAGAAAGCCCUCCAAGCCAAACAGAUCUAUCAGGAGCUCCAAGAACGACAGGCGUAUGAGGAGCAGAAGGCCUACCAGGAGCAGAAAGCUUUCAAGGAGCGCCAGGCCUACCAUGAGCAGCAAGCCUACCAACAAGAGCAGCAGCAACUGCAACAAAUCUAUCAGAGCCACCAGUCGCUCCCCGCCCAGCAUUCACCCCACUCGCCACAUCCCCUCCAGCAGCUUCACCAAUCCCUGCCCCCUCUUCCUUCUCCCGACUCAAACCGAACGCGCACUAAUCACCCUCUGUACCAGAUGCAGCAAGCACAGCAGCAGCAGCAGCAGCAGCACCAGCACCAGCAGCAGCAGCAGCAGCACCAGCAGCAGCAGCAGCAGCACCAACAGCAGCAGCAGCAGCAGCAGCAGCAACAAGCCCAGCAGGGCCACCCCCACCGGCGCCAUUCCCGGUCAGCGCCAUCACCCCACCAGCCCUCAUCCCAACAAACGGCCCACCCAGGUCAACAGGGUCACUACAUCGAAGGCGUCUACCAAAGCCGCAAAAGUCUAAAGGCCCAGGCUCACCAUGCGUCAGCUGAGAUGCUCAACCAGAUGCACCAAGCCCAGGCUCAAGCCCUCCACUCGUCCGCCGAAAUGAUCCACCACAUGCAGCAGGCGCAAACCCGCCACGCCUCCAAUGAGAUGCUGAACCAAAUGCACAAGGCCCAGGCCCACCACUCUUCGUCUGAGUUCCUGCACCACCAAGCCCACCAGAUGCACCACGAGCAUCACCACACAUCCACGGAGCUCCUCAGCCAGGUUCACCGACUGAGUCAGAGGCAGCCGCACCAUUCCUCCAGCGAGCUGCUUCAUCAGAUGCACAAAGUCCAAGCACAUCAUUCCUCUACAGAGCUGCUCCACCAGGCCCAUCAGAUGCAGCAAGCCAAGCCCCACCACUCCUCUGCUGAGCUGCUGCACCAAACCCAGCAAGACCCCGCCUCCCUGCCGGUCCAGUUCACCCGAGAGAGCUCGUCUCACCAGAGCCGAAGGAGCCUAAAGGGGCACCAUCAGGUCCAGGCGUCGCCCCAAGGCAGACACCCAGAGCACCAGAUCCAUCACCCGCAGCCCAACAAACCCUCUCCCCAGAGACCCCACUCCAUCCAGCAGACCCACCACCCCCAUUCCCCUUCCCCUCAGAUCCACCACAUCCAUCACAUGACCCCUCAGCCCCCUCCACAGGACUACCAGCCCCAGAUCCACCUGAUCCACCCCCCACAAGGUCAGCCAGCCCACAGGCCCCAGCCACUCCUCUCCACCUUCCAGCCGCUACAGCCUCACCAGACCACACCCUCUACCUUCCAGGCCUUGCCCCAGCACCCUCAACCCCACCAGGCCCAACCUCCAGGCCAAGCUACCCGCCCGCAGUCCCAGCCCUCCCACCUCCUGCUGCAGUGUCAGCCCCCAUUGCAGCCCCACCACAAGCAGUCCCCGGGCCAGGUCCAGCCACAAUCCCUGCCACACUCUCUGUCGGACCCUCCGAAACACCCGGAGCCUCCUCUGCCGCCGCCUCCUCUGCCUCCCCCCUGCUCACCUCCCCCCCUGCCCAGGCCUCCCCUGUCCAGGAUGGACUCUCAUCACAUGAGCGUGAAGAGGCUGCGCUGGGAGCAGGUGGAGAACUCAGAGGGCACUAUCUGGGGAGAGUUUGGGGCCAAUUCGGACUACGACAAGCUGAAUGACAUGGUGAAAUACCUGGAUUUAGAAUUGCAUUUUGGGACUCAAAAGAGCCAAGUGUCGGUUCCAGAGCCAUUGCUUCAACCAGAGACGUUCAAAAAGAAAGACGUUAUUGAAAUCCUCUCCCAUAAAAAAGCCCACAACGCCUCCAUCCUUAUUGCUCACCUGAAGCUGUCGCCGGGGGAGCUUCGUAAGGUGCUCAUGACCAUGGCCUCUGACAGGCUGGAGUCGGCGCACAUCAAGCAGCUGCUGCUGUACGCCCCAGACGCCGGGGAGGUGAAGCAGUACGAGCAAUACCGCCAGGACCCCAGCAAGCUCAGUGAGCCUGACCAGUUCGUAUUGCAGAUGUUGUUGGUUCCCGAGUAUAAGACGCGUCUCCAGAGCCUCCACUUCAAGUGUUCCCUGCAGGAGAAGACGGAUGAGCUUCGAGGAGGCUUUGACUGUAUCUACAAGGCCUCGCUGGAGCUCAAGACUAGCAAGAAGCUUGCCAAGAUACUGGAGUUUGUGUUGGCAAUGGGCAACUACUUGAACAAUGGUCAACCAAAGACCAACAAGACCACAGGCUUCAAGAUCAACUUCCUCACAGAGCUUAGCACCACCAAAACAGUUGAUGGGAAGUCAACAUUUCUGCACAUCCUGGUCAGGUCUCUGUGCCAACAUUUUCCUGACGUGCUGGACUUCUCCAAAGACCUAACCAUGAUUCCACUGGCAGCCAAAGUGAACCAGAGGGCAAUCACGUCAGACAUGAACGACCUCCACACGACCAUACAGGAGACCAGAGCCGCCUGCCAGAAGAUGCCUGCUACUUCUGAGGACCGCUUUGCCGUCGUCAUGAGUAACUUCCUGGAGAACAGCCACCCGGCCAUCCAGUCCCUGGAGUCUCUGCAGCAGAGGUCCAUGGAGGAGUUCGCCCGCACCUCCUCCUACUUUGGGGAGGACAGCAAGGCCACCAACACAGAGGUCUUCUUUGGCAUCUUCAGCGAGUUCCUGAGCAAGUUUGAGAGAGCUUUAAGUGAUCAACAGACCGGGGAAAUCCCCAAGAGUCCAAGAAGUCCACGGAUGGCCUCGCCGUUGGCCUGGUAACAUGUACACACACCCAACCACACCCACUUACACACUCCCCCCCCCACACACACACACACACACACACACACACACACACACACACACACACACACACAUAAAUACAUUAACAAAUUACUGCACACUAACAAACAGAAAUGUGCAUGCUCAAACACACAGACACACAUACGCACACAUUUAACAUACGCAUGCACACACACACACACACACGCACACACGCACGCACGCAAACACAUUCACACAAACAUGUAAAUGCACAGCUACACAUAAACACACACUCAAAUAAAUACACACACGUUUGUACAUGCGGCUGUAAGUCAUUGGUCUUUAUGAGCUUUGGAGUGAAGUGACUUGAUGAAAUCGGAAUGACUCAAACUGUGUUGUUUCAUAGAAUAUAAUAUGGAAUUGUGUUCUCUAUGCUUACAGUGUUUUUCCUUCAAAACAAAGCCUUGGUUGAAGACGAUUUGCUAACUAGAGUAUAAGAUACCUAAAAAGGUAUCUUGUUUUAUUAUGUUACUGUGUCUGUAUUUUUAUACAGUGUCAAUCAUUUUUUUCUGUCUUUGCUUUGCCACCAAAACAUUUGGGGAUUGACCUUCUAUUUGGUAAUGCAAACAUUGUCAAAGAAAUUCAUGAACAUCUAUUACAUAGAGAUAUGAAGUAUAGUCGUUUUUGUGAAAUUAUUCAGAAAAUGUAUCAAUUAAUAUUUAUUGUUAUAAGAAUGUAAUAUAACCAAGUUAGUUAAUGUUUCUUUGAAAGAAACCACAAACGGCCAUAUUUCUUUAAGUAAGUAAGGCGCCCACCACACUGAAUGUAAUAACAUUAAUUUAUUAAGAGUGUAUUUUCAAUAUAUUUAUGAACACCUGAUGGCUCCUUUCUGAAAGAGAAUGCCACUGUGUCUUUAUGUUGCCAUUUUCCAUCUGAAGACCUUUCAGGCCAUUUGUGUAAGGCACUUACUAGAAGCCUGUACAAACGCUUUCACUACCAGAUCUCUUAAGCUCUGUACAUAUAAUGAUGUGAAGAGCCAAACAAAUCAAAAUCAUUUCAGAGAUUUGCGGCUUGUAUAAAACCUGUACAAUAUUUUGAGGCCUCCUCGAGAGAGGAUUUUUUAGACCUUAGGAAGGGCAUUGUGCAAUGUUUUGCUUUGUAUGAUGUUGAAUGUGCAAUAUACAAAUGUUUGAAAGCUGUCUGUGCUGAGGAAAUGUUUUCUCAUGCAGUGUAACUCAGAUAAUCUAUCAUUGUAUAGUACUGAAAUCAUUGACAUUAAGUACACUUUGUUAUCAAGGAGUAAAUAUCAACAUGCCAAGACUUUUUAAUCUAGCCAAAUAUUGUCAUAUCGUCAUUUGAUAAUUUAGUCUCAUUGAAAUAAGUAACAUUAGUCUUUUAACUCAGUGUGACAAAUGCUGUAAGCUAAAUAACUUCUAUACGUUAGAAGAUUCUGAAUACUUUAGGAGAACACUUUGAGCACUUAUUUUUCACAAACUUUAAAUGCUGUACAAUCAGUUGAAAGCAACAAUAAAAUACAGAGAAAGAAAAAAGUAUGGCAAAUGUCCUACAGUACAUUACAUGGAUCGCUUCUGCCUCUGACCCCUGAUUGUUAAGAACACUUUAUAUGACCAGGCUCAUUCAAUCUGGCCCCCUAAUCGUCCUGUAUAAUUGGCUGACUCAUUAAUUCCCUCACUCUCCACCUCAAGCUGGUGUGUGGUGAGCGCUCUGGCGCAGGUUGGCUGCCGUGCGUCACCCAAGUGGGUGCUACACACUGGUGGUGGUGUGUGAGGUCCCCCCUUCACUGUAAAGCGUAUCUUUGAGUGUCUAGAAAAGCGCUAUAUAAUUCAAUCCGUUAUCAUAAUUAUUAUUAUUACUUUGAUAAUUAUCACAAUAAUACAACUUCAUUGUCUUAUAAUUAACUCCAUAAAGAUUAAGGAUGUAUUUUGUAUUGGGGUAAAGCUGACAACAUGUAACAACAUGCAAUGGGCAAUGAAUUAAACUUGUUGUCUACCUAA